GCGAGAGGACUGUGGGUGCCGGCGUCCCCGCAGGCUCCGCACCCUCCGCGCCGCCUCCGCCUCCCGCCUCUUUCUCGCCUCCCGCGCUGGUCCAGAAAGGGCCCCACGGAUGUCCCCGGGACGAGCGGCCCCGGGCCCCCAGGGAACAUGGGCCUGCUCCGGGCCGGACUGUGCCCGGGUCUCACCCAGGACAUGGUCCAGCUUCUGCGGAGCCGCGGGAUCAAGACAGUGGUGGACCUGGUUUCAGCAGACCUGGAGGAAGUAGCCCAGAAAUGUGGCUUGUCUUAUAAGGCCCUGGUUGCCCUGAGGCGGGUGCUGCUGGCUCAGUUCUCAGCUUUCCCCUUCAAUGGCGCUGAUCUCUACGAGGAGCUGAAGACCUCCACUGCCAUCCUGUCCACCGGCAUUGCAAGCCUGGACAAACUGCUGGACGCUGGUCUCUAUACUGGAGAAGUGACUGAAAUCGUAGGAGGCCCAGGUAGCGGCAAAACCCAGGUAUGUCUUCGUGUGGCUGCAAACGUGGCCCAUGGCCUGCAGCAGAACGUCCUAUACAUCGAUUCCACUGGAGGGCUCACAGCUUCCCGCAUUCUCCAGCUACUUCAGGCCAGAACCCCAGAGGAGGAGGAGCAGGCGGGAGCUCUCCAGAGGAUCCAGGUGGUGCGUGCGUUUGACAUCUUCCAGAUGUUGGAUGUGCUGCAGGACCUGCGAGGCGCUGUGUCCCAGCAGGUGAGCAGUUCUUCAGGGACUCUGAAGGUGGUGGUUGUGGACUCGGUCACUGCGGUGGUCGCCCCACUUCUGGGUGGUCAGCAGAGGGAAGGCUUGGCCUUGAUGAUGCAGCUGGCCCGAGAGCUGAAGACUCUGGCCCGGGACCUCAGCGUGGCACUGGUGGUGACCAAUCACAUGACCCGAGACAGGGACAGCGGGCAGCUCAAACCUGCCCUGGGACGCUCCUGGAGCUUUGUGCCCAGCACCCGGCUUCUCCUGGACACCGGCCAAGGUGCAGGAGCAUCAGGCAGCUGGCGCAUGGCAUGUCUGACCAAAUCUCCCCGUCUGCCAACAGGUUUCCAGGAGAUGGUGGACAUUGGGACCUGGGGGACUCCAGUGCAGAGCCCAACAUUACAGGGAGAUCACAUGUGACUUGCUGUUGAUUGGGACAAACCCUCCCACCAUGGGAAAUGGUGGCUGCAUAGAAGCUCUUGGGCUGGGCAGACAUCUUAGUCCUUAGCUCCUCUCUCUGGAAACACAGUGUUACUGGCUAGAGAGGAUGCUACUGUGGAAGGACCCAGAAAUUCAUGCCGGUACCAGGUUUUCCUCCCUUGUGUCUACCACGUAUGUUUCCAGCAGGUGUCGAGUUCAGUGUCUUGGGCAUCUCUGAAGAGGCAUGCUGGUGCCUGGACAGAUAACCCUGUGCAUCGCCGUACUGCACUCCAUCCUAACACAGUGACCGAGUCUGAGGCCUCUAGCUUGACUUUGCUUCCCUUCUUCUUCUUUUUGUUUUUCCAUCUGUAAGAUGGGGCUCCCUUUCUUUUAACUCUCUCUUUGAGUUACCGGGUGGAAUUAACCUUGUAAGUGCAAAACUCUUCUUUAUCUAGGUCCUGAUAUUAAAAACAUACAAAGGAAA